GAGCGGAUAUCGCACAUCUACUUCACGAGCGGCUCGACAGGCUUUCCUAAGGGAUGCGUCGUCGGCGAGACGGCGCUGCUGCGCUACUGCAGGGCGAGGAACGAGGUCUUCGAGUUCUCCUCCUCUUCCUCCUGCCUUCUCGCCUCACCGCACACCUUCGACCCUUGCCUGGGCGAUAUCUUCUCCACGUGGAUGGCAGGAGGCGUUCUGUGUGUGGCGUCCAAGAGAACGAUCCUGUCCUCGUUGGGAAAGUGCCUCCAGGAAUUUCGAGCUUCCCACUUGCUCACAACACCCACCCUCUUCCUCUCCCUCCACGGGAGUCUCGGCCCUGCGGACCUCCAGGACCUGAGGGUGGUGGCGCUAGGAGGAGAGAGCAUGAGGCAGAGCCUUGUGGAGGAGUGGGGGGAGGAGGUGCUGCUGCUGAACGUGUACGGGGUGACGGAGUGUGCGGUGUACCAGAGCUGCAGCAGGAUGAGGAGAGGAGGGGACACUAAGAGCAUUGGGAGGGCAAUAGGAGACAACAUGCUGCUGCUGGUGGCAGGGGACGGAUCGGACCCGUCGCAUCUUGUGGAGGAGGGGAGCGGGGAGGAGGGAGAGAUCUGGAUCGCUGGGCCGCAGGUGGGGCUGGGGUACCUCCUCCUCCCGGAGCUGACGCAGGAGCGCUUCGUUCCGCAUCCUACGUUGGGGCCUUGCUUCCGGACGGGGGACAUCGCCUGCGCUACGGCAGGAGGAUGGAGCCUUCGGGGCAGGAGGGACUGCCAGGUGAAGAUC